AGCCAGAAGCUGAGCAAACACCGGAAAAGACUCUGAGUGAUCAUUCCUCGUCUAUUCAACUUUUCCUUCAUCGCUAGAGUUUCAGGUCUGAUCAGCUCUGAUUCUUUUCUUACGAAUUCAAGCACCAGGGGCGUUCUACGCACCUGGCGCUACCCAUCCUACUGUCUCGUUUUCCUCUAUCUUGCACGCUGGGAAUACAUUAAUUGGGACAGGCAAAGAAUAAGGAGGAGGAAAUAUGGGGGACGUGUUGGCAUGGGUUCUCUUCUUCGUCAUGCUCAUUGCCAUUAUCGUUAUGCUGGUUUUCCAGCUCAUGUGUUUGGCGGAUCUAGAGUUUGAUUAUAUCAAUCCCUAUGAUUCCGCAGCUCGAAUAAACAGUGUGGUUAUGCCUGAAUUCAUCACACAUGGAAUUCUAUGCUUCCUCUGCCUUGUAACGGGGCACUGGGUUAUGUCACUUCUCAGUAUUCCAUACCUGUACUACAACAUGAGAUUGUAUAUUCGAAGAGAACAGUUUGUAGAUGUAACUGAGAUAUUUAACUUGCUCAAUCGGGAAAAGAAGCAACGGUUUUUCAAGCUCGGAUAUGUCGUAGUUCUUCUCUUUAUCACCUUGUUCUGGAUGAUUUUCCAUGCACUUGAAGACCAUCACUGAUCAUUACACAUUUGUUAAGUACUUGUAUGAAAUAUCAGCUCUGCAAGCGGCUGCGUUGUAUGUAUGGAUGGAAUGACAGGCUCGUCCAAUUACAUUUUGCUGUCUUUGUAACAUAGGAGUAGUUCAAGAUUGAAAAUCCGGCUCCUCCUCUAAUCUGAUUUUUUAUUGUAAAGCUGCAACAGUAUUUAUAUUGAAUUUUAGGGUUCCUUUUCCCUUUUGUUAGGCCUCCAUUAGUGUGUUGUUUAAGUUGCUUUGAUUCUUUGGUCGUCCACUGAACAUUGUUAUCUUUCAAAUUAAUGUACGUUUUGGUGGAUGAACUGUUAUUUUA